GUUCAGUAAAGAAAUCUAAAGUUUCAUCCUAUCCUGCUUCUCAAAGCUUCUUCUGAACAUCAACAAUGGCUUCCCUUAGAUUUCAGCACUUCCUACUGGCUCUCCUUCCAGUUAUUCUCUUACUUUCUUCCACUGUCAAGUCUGAUAAUGAUGAGGAAGAGACUCUCCUUAAGAGUAUUAACAGCUACAGGGCAUCUCUAAACCUUACAGCCUUCACAGAGAACGACAAUGCAGAAUGCCUUGCAGAUAAAAUGGCGGACAAAUAUAAAAAACAACUAUGCACCAACACCACAGGUUCUAACACGGUUCCCGGCACGGAAACUCAGUUUCCGGACUACCCACAAAUGUUGGAAAAGUGCCAUCUGAACAUAAAUGGCACCAAGGAUGGUAUCGUAAUGCCUGUCUGUGUUCCGAGACUGGAUCCAGCAUUGGUACUCACCAACUUCACACAAUCCCAGUACUCGGCAUAUUUGAAUGAUACCAAAUAUACUGGUGUAGGAAUUGGUUCUGAAGAUGACUGGAUUGUGAUGGUUUUGACCACAAACACAGCGGGUGGGGCGUUUACGCCUGCUGGUUCAGCUGCUUCAGUUCCUGAUGUGGGGUUAAAAUUUCUGUUGAUAUCUUUGCUAGGGUUCUUUCUUGUUUUAUGGAGUUGAAUAUAAGUGUUUGUGUGAUGCACUGAUGAGUAGUUAUGUAGAUGUUGUAUUCCCACGUCUGAGUUUUGGUUGUGUUACAUGUUACAUAAGAACUUGAAAUACUGGCUACUCUUUCAUUUCCUGUUCUAUUGGACUGAUGUUGAAGCAGAAUCCUACUAGAAUUUUAAUUACUUAGUUA